AUGCAAGGAGCAGGGACCCUGCUGGAGUCCUGGAGCAUCGUCAAUGACGAGCUGCUACAAGAAGCUCUCGAUGAUGCUGAGAUCUCACAACAACAGCAGCAGAUCAAACUGCAGAACCUUGACUUGAUGCUUGCGCAUGUACUCCAGUCUCUUGCCUUCCUCUCCCCCCGUCUUGUUUCAGGCAGCUCAGACAUAUUUCAGAUGGAGGCUACUGUUCCCUGCGUUGAGAAGUCACUGGAGGCGGUUGAUGCGAACCUGACGAGCCGAGCAGCAAAGAGGACGAGGGAUGUUGGAGUCGAUGCGGGACAAGAGAGCUCUCUUGAAGACUCGCGAACAAACGCGAAGAUCAUCGAGAAGAUGGAGGAGCUGAUGGAGAGAAACCUGAUGAUGGAAGAGAUGGACGACGACAGCGAAGAGUUCGUUCCUCCAGCUCAUCUCAGUGACAAGAUCGAGAAGAUCAUGCGAGCGAUCGGGAAGAAGCAGGCAACUGAAGUCAACGCUCAGGAAGAGGACAGCGAAAGCGAUACGCAGAAAGAGGAGAAGGCAACCCUGGAUCGAAUGAAGUCAAUCUUGGAGCAGAAGGUGGAAGCUCUGACGUUAGAGAAUGUCACCCUGAAGACGAGCAUGGCGAGAGCAUCCGAGCAGAACGAGGAUACGGUCAGGAGGUUGCAGAACAAGAUCGACCAGCUUAUGGCCGAAAGGUAUGCGGAUGACAAGAUACAACACGCCAGGCUGGAGACCAUCAAGGAGCUGCAGAGUAUGCUCAAGUUCAACACAGCCUUCGAGACCAAGAAAAGCUCCCUUUUCUCCCAAGUCGAGGAUAUGAUGAGCGCUAGAGCCACCUCGGACUCGCAGCCGGACUUGCAGCUGCGCAUCGACCAGCUUGAGUCUCUCAGGCAGGCGGACAUGGAGUACAUCGCAGAGCUCGAGGACAAGGUCAUCUUCCAGAAGAAGAAGAUUUUACAGCUCGAGUCGCUCCUCCUGCAGCCAAGGGCACCGGAUGAAAGUCAGAGCAUGCGAUGA